CUCGGCACACCGCGGCCAACUCUACUCAGUCGCUCUACGGCACCAGCUGAGUAUGUGUCGGAACAGUCCUUAGUGUUGUGUAUGGUGUUCUCUCGGUCUUCUCUCCAUACUGUAUCUCUCGCCUGUUAACAGAAGAUCUCGGACAUGUCGCUGACCACAUCUCUGAUCCUGCUGCUCUGCGGGCUUCAGGUCAUGCCGGACGCUGAGAGUUUAAUAGUCGGGGUUGGUGUUACAGGGAAGACCGAGUCUUGCGUGAACGAGGGGGAGGUGGUCAACACAGACAACAUCAGCAAGUCCCGCUGCUUUACCUGCACUUGUAAGAACGGAUACGUGGAGUGUGCUAAGGAGCGUUGUCUUAGCGCGGAGGGGUGUUUCAUGCUCCUCGAUCAUUCUAAUGAUGGGUGCUGCUAUCAGUGUAAGGGAUGCAUGCACGAGGGAGUGUACCGGGAGAGUGGUACCCAGUGGCGGGACCCCCAGAGACCCUGCCGCAUCCUGAGUUGCAAGGCCGGGGUGGUGACAGAGACAGAGGAGGUUUGCUACACCCCUUGUGCCCUGUCCAGGCCGCCGCGGGAGGGGCAGUGUUGCAGGACCUGCAAGGGAUGUGAGAUCAACGGCCAGAUAGUAACGGAGAGCCGCAACGUGACUUCGACAGAGGACCCUUGCAUCAAGUGCCACUGUAAGGACGGCCACAUGACGUGCACCAAGAAGGCCUGCCCCGUCCUCAACUGUCCAGACACUGCAGUUGAGCACAACAAAGGAGAAUGUUGCCCACAGUGCAAAGGGUCCCGCCGAUUGAUAGAGCCACCCAAGGGCAGUUGUCUGCUGAAGCUAGGACUACACCAGUCGGGCAAGACCUUCCAGCACGAUGACUGCACGAAGUGUACCUGCAGCAAUGGCACCCUCCACUGUCAGCGCAAGAGUUGUCCUCCGCUCGACUGUCCUGAGGAGAUGCAAGUCCGAGUGCCUGGAAUCUGUUGCCCCUACUGCCCACGGAAGCCGCUGCCCGCCAAAGGAGAACUGUAUACAGCUUGCCGAGUGGGAGGCAGAACUUACCAGGAUGGGGAAACCUGGCAACUGGACCAGUGCAAGUCCUGUGCCUGCUCCGGAGGUCUUAUACGCUGUGCGAUGCCUGAGUGUCCUCAACUGGGGCCGUGCCCUCCACGCUUUAAGCUGCAUCGAGAACCUGGACAAUGCUGCCCCACCUGCGUUGAAGAGGAUGGAGUGUGCACUGUGUUUGGAGACCCACAUUACAAGACAUUCGACGGGAAGUUCUUCAGCUUCCAGGGGUCCUGCAAGUACCAGCUGGUGGCCGACUGCCGCGAGAAGACCUUCAAUAUCCGAGUGACCAACGAUGCCAGAUCCACCAAGACUUCCUCAUGGACCAAAACCGUCUCGCUUAAGAUUGGCGGUAUCAAGGUGAACCUAGGAGAACGGCAGAGGUUGAAAGUGAAUGGUGUUAAGGUUGCGGUACCGUACCGGAUGCCCACCGGACAGGUCACUGUGCGUCGCGAAGAUGAGACUCUCCGAGUUGACACUUACCUAGGUGUUAAGGUCCUGUGGGAUGGGAAGAGUUUCCUGGAAGUCUCUGUUCCAGCAAAGUACAAGGGCAAGUUGUGCGGACUGUGCGGCAACUUCAACUCUAUGUCUCGAGACGACCUCAUGACACGGCGAGGAAGGGUGGUUCUAGACCCUGAUAAGUUUGGAGCAUCAUGGCGGGUGGGGGGUAAGCGUGCAUGCAUGCGCACCAAUGAGCCUCCAACGCGCGCCAUUCAGUGCAGCCAACAUCUGCCUCAGCGCAGGUACAGAGAUCGUCUCUGCAAGCCACUGCGCACCGAGGUGUUCGCUGCCUGCCAUAAAAAGUUGAACUACGCCAUGUACUUCAAGUCGUGCCUACUGGACAUGUGCGAAUGUCCUGGGCGCAAGUGCUACUGCGAGUCAUUCACUGCGUAUGCUCAUGAGUGCCAGAGGCUUGGUGUCGCACUGCCCACGUGGCGUGAUGAUACGGGCUGUCACGCCUUCUACUGAGUCCCCACCAGGCGCUGUCUGCACCACCAUUGAACUAGUCAACUUUCUCUCUCUCCCCCUCUCUCUUUGCCAGUUUAUAUGUACCAGUGGUGACUCUCGUUGUUGUUAUAGUUGUUGUUGUGUCAGUAUUCAGCUUUCCGCAACUGAGCCGGUCCUAUCGAUGUUAACGCUCUUGUAAUUAAUUAGUAAAUGAAUCACAUAAUUUUGUAAAUAUUUAUAUAGGCGCCUAUUCAAUGUAUUUUAUUUAUGUUAAAUCAAAACAGUUGUAAAGGCCAAUAGUACAAUUUCUUCCCAUUAGAGGAAGAGAAACUUUGUUUUUAACUAAUGGACUCACUUAUUGGUAGUUAGUUAUGGUAGUUUUACCAUUUCAGCAUGAAAAAUAGGUAAAUGAUAUUGCAUCUAAUUUGUGUUACAAAAUAAACUUAGGUCCUAAAACAUAUACUGUACAAUUCUUUUAAUUGUGAUGACUUUUACAAGUCUAAUUAAAUUAAUAAAGCAGUGAAUAGGUUAUUCUAUCAUGUAAAUUCCAAACAAAUCUAUUAUUACCAUUGUUUUAUGUUGUUUUAAGCUGAGUAAGCAGAAGAUUCUACAAAGUUACUAUAACUAAAUAUGUACAGUGGCGUAUCUAUGGAGGGAGAAUCAUGGGAAUAAAACCCCCCCUUGAGUCCUAAAAAUAAAAAAAAAAUAUUUGUAUAACAGCAAUCCAACUUGUUUGAAAUGUAACAGAUAAGUGUUAUAAUUUUGAAUUAGGCUUACCUAAUUUAUUAAAAUUUAGAUUUAUUCCUUAUACUCUGAUUUAGUGUGCUUUUCAAUCACAGUUAUCCCCCCCCCCCAAAGUCCUAGUUUAUUGUUGAUAUUCCAUUUUUAGACAAAACUAGGAUGGAUAUUUUAUAACUAAUUAGAAGUAUUUCGUCUCAAAAGUUCUGUAAUUUUGCAUACUGAGGAAUAGCAAAAUCAGAUAUAUAUAUAUAUAUAUUGCCUUAACAAAUAUAACCUGUAUAUUUCUGCACAAAUAUGGUAUAUAAUUAAUUGUAUGUCCAUAAAACACAUUGACAACUGCGUUUGUGUACCACAGGUGGUACAUUCGGACGUCAACGUGUUAAGGAUUGUGUUCAAUGAAAUUAAAAUUAGAUUACAUUAUAUAAUCUAUACAAUCUCAGCAGCCGGUUAAUAUACAAAAUAAAGGUGUUUUACAAAAAAAUGGGAAUGUAUGGGUUAAUUCAUCAACUAAAUACAAAUAACGCAAAUCUGCGAAAUGCCAACUCUUCAGUAGAAAAUUCAGUUUUCUGUUAAUUAAAAUUUGUAUUUCUCAGUUAUUUUCAUUCAUAAGCUGCAAUAUAAAGUACGGAAUUUUAUAAAUAAAAAUAACGGAGAAAAACACACAUUUUACACCAAUCAAUUUGGGAAGUUUUCUUAAUCUCCUGAAGAAUUGGUAUUUUGCAGAUAAAACUGGCAUUUCAGCCAAGCUGAUAACACUGAUAUUAAGUUACAAAAAUUAAUUUUUCGUAACAAUCUCGCCUUCAGUUGUUACAGACCAUUGAAACAAAAACGUAAAAUGUCAAAAAGUUUUAAACAAAAAAUUUGUUCCAAAUUUUUAGUUACAAUAUUUUCCAUUAUGAAUAUGACACAUACAUCAACAAAGAAAUAGGCCAUGUUUCAUAUGCAUAAGUGGUUGUAUUACAUUAUUAUACUGUGUAUAAAGAGCACAAUAAAAUCAAUUCACUUUUCAA